GUGCCGCGCCAAGUGGCGGACGUGAUGUAGGCGGAUAUGAGGGCGGGGCUGGUCGCUGAUGGCGGGAGUGAUCUCAAGAUGAUCCUGAGUUACGUCGAUUCUCUUCCCACUGGGGUCUGUUUUACGCGUUGGAUCUUGGUGGAACAAAUUUCCGGGUGCUGAGGGUGCAAUUGGGAGGCAAGGAGAGCCGAGUGGUCGAUACUGAAUUCGAGCAAGUUGCAAUUCCUCAGGAGCUUAUGCAUAGUACUACGGAGGAGUUGUUUGAUUUUAUUGCUUCUGAGUUAGCAAGGUUUGCAGCGAAGGAGAGUGCGAGGUUUCGCUGGCCUCAGGGGAGGAAAGGAGAGAUUGGUUUUACAUUUUCUUUUCCUGUGAGGCAGACUUCAAUUGACUCAGGCAUUUUGAUCAAGUGGACAAAGGGUUUUGCUGUCUCUGGAACAGCGGGAAAGGACGUCGUUGAAUGUUUAAAAGAAGCAAUGAAAAGACAGGGUUUAGAUAUGCGGGUGAAUGAUGCAGUCGGAACACUAGCUGGAGCUCUCACUACUGGGAUGAAGAUGUGGCUCUUAGGAGAGGAUGUGUUCCUCUGUAAAACCUUUUACAUUUAAUUUGGUAAUAGGGAUUUCUCUUUAAUUCCAUCCUAAAGAAGUCACCGCUUAAAGUCUGUCAGGUCCUUAUUUCUAGAAUUAAAAAUGACUCGAAAGAAGGUCAAAUUUGUUAGCUAAUUAUUAUGUCCAAGGGCCUGUAUCUUCUGCAUUGAUAAUUGUGGUAUAAAUUGUAUAAAAUGACUAUGUUUUGUAGUUUGAUGGAUUUUAAGAGCUUUUAAUUUUAAGCUAGUUAUAUUGCAUACUGGGACUGGCCUAUCUACAAGAAAUGCAUACUGAUCUAGGUACAGGAAAUUAUAUUCUGUUUGAUUGACCCAAGUCAUACGAUGCAAUCCCCAGUCUCUGUCAUUCCUUGGGAAAUAAUGUUCCCUUCUCAUGAGUUGGAAUGGACCGAGUUCCAUGCAACCUAAGUUAUCCGGACACUUCAUUUGGGCUCUUGUAUCCAUGUCUGACACUUUUCAUAUCUGUGACUGUUCUGACAUUUCUUGAAUAUGUACUUACAUUUAUUCAGACGUGUACUCAAUAAUCAAUUAUGUAAUACAUGUUUUAGUUUAUAACACAUGUGAUACACUUCUUGAAUAUGUACAUAUAAUUUAUUCAGUCAUGUACUCAAUAAUCAAUUAUGUAAUACAUGUUCUAGUUUAUAACACAUGUGAUACACUUUUUAGACAUAUCUCUUACACUUCACCUGUAAGUUAUGCAACUCGUUGGACUCGGGUCGGGUUCA